CAGCAUCAUACGUGUAUUUUUCCGGUCCUUGUCCCUUUCUAUUCUUCAGCUUCUGUUCGGUGGCGAGCUAUAGCGCACGGUUCUUAGUAAAGUGCCGGCACAAAAAUGAUGGGAUCACUUAAAAUCGUGUUAUUCUUAGGUGUAAUAUAUUUGUGUAGGGCAGCUGAAGAGGACGUGCUAGAUCUUACAGAUUCGGACUUUUCAUCUGUACUAUCCCAACAUGAUACGGCGCUGGUCAUGUUUUACGCUCCAUGGUGCGGACAUUGUAAAAGACUGAAACCGGAGUACGCGGUGGCGGCCGGCGUGCUGAAGGGCGACGACCCGCAGGUGACGCUGGCGAAGGUGGACUGCACGGAGGGCGGCAAGGCUACCUGCGAGCAGUUCUCCGUCUCGGGUUACCCGACCCUGAAGAUCUUCCGUAAAGGAGAGGUAUCUCAGGACUACAACGGGCCUAGGGAGUCAAAUGGCAUCGUCAAAUACAUGCGCGCCCAAGUUGGCCCCAGCUCUAAAGACCUCCUCACCGUGGCCGACUACGAGAACUUCCUCAAAAAGGACGAGGUCACCGCCAUCGGUUUCUUCGAGAAGGAGAGUGACUUGAAGGGAGAGUUCCUGAAGACGGCUGAUAAGAUGAGGGAGGAGGUUACGUUUGCGCACUCCAGCGCUAAGGAGGUCUUGGACAAGGCUGGUUACAAAGACAAUGUAGUCCUGUACCGUCCCAAGCGCCUGCAGAACAAGUUUGAGGAGUCCUCCGUGGUGUACUCUGGCGAUGGUGCUGCACCCUCUCUCAAGGCCUUCAUCAAGGACAACUACCACGGUCUGGUCGGCGUGCGCCAGAAGGAUAACAUCGCCGAUUUCUCCAACCCUCUGGUGGUCGCCUACUACGACGUGGACUACGUCAAGAACCCCAAGGGCACCAACUACUGGAGGAACCGUGUGCUCAAGGUCGCCAAGGAGCUCUCAGAAGUGACCUUCGCCAUCAGCAGCAAAGACGAGUUCACCCACGAACUGAACGAGUAUGGCAUUGACUUCGCCAAGGGUGACAAGCCCGUCGUCGCCGGCAGAGACGCCGACGGCAACAAGUACAUCAUGUCCGCUGAGUUCAGCAUCGAGAACGUCCUCCAAUUCACCAAGGACCUGCUCGCCGGCAAACUAGAGCCCUUCAUCAAGUCCGAAGCCGUCCCCGAGCCCAACGACGGCCCCGUCAAGGUCGCCGUCGGCAAGAACUUCAAGAGUCUAGUCACGGACAGCGGCCGUGACGCGCUCAUCGAGUUCUACGCGCCUUGGUGCGGUCAUUGCCAGAAGCUUACUCCUGUGUGGGAGGAGCUGGGAGAGAAGUUGAAGGGUGAAGACGUCGACAUCGUCAAGAUCGACGCGACGGCCAACGACUGGCCCAAAUCUCUAUACGACGUGUCAGGGUUCCCCACCAUCUACUGGAAGUCCGCCGACGGCAAGAAGCCCAUCAGAUAUAACGGUGGACGUGCCCUCGACGACUUUAUCAAGUACAUCGCGGAGCAGGCCUCCAGCGAACUCAAGGGCUUCGACAGGAAGGGCAACGCGAAGAAGCGGGACGAGCUGUAAUCCUAGCAAACAGAUCUGAAGGCACCGCUGGUCGCUACUUGUCUCUGUCGCACUGCACUGGAAAAAUGAGGUGGAUAUACGUUUGAAAGCUUCGGCCUACUUUUCUAUUUUGUAGCGCGCCUCUUCCACUCUUUAUAAAUAGUCAGGGUGUAGUAAGUUAGAGUGAGAUAGACGAUGAACCGACUUUAUAACGGGGUCAGAUUCUUUUUUUUUAAAGUUAGGAUGGAUUGAAAGUAGCGACCACUAGUGCGCGAGUGUGUGUGUCUCAGUCUAAGUGGGAAAAUAUAUAUAUAAUCUGUAGGCAGUGUAUACACUGGUAACACUUUCAAAGUACACAGAUUCGUUAUUUUUUAAUCGAAGUAUAAUCUAACGUUUCAAGUGUUGCCAGUUUUUUAAAUAAAAAUAGUGCCAGUAUGAAUUGCAUGGAGAGAUUAUGAAUGAAUUCAUUCAAAGUCGCCGUGCACUUUUACGACUGAUGGUACAUUAAGUGUACUUGUACUUUGGAUUCCCGUAGAAUUUUUUAUGCUGGCAACAUUAAAUGCAGCGUUAGAUUUAUGACUUGAUAAGAAAUGGCGGAUUUUGUAAAAAGUAACAAACACCUCGUUGUCUUGAAAGGACGUGUCAAUCUAGUUUUAAAUAGUUUAUAAAUAAUUUAUAGUAAUGUAUUGAAAUUGAUAGGCACAAGUCUCCAUAUGUUUUUCUAUAAAACUUCUUGUGAACAUGACUCUUAAAUAGGUUUACACUCUUCAUCUGUCAUUGGGCAUUUCAAAGCAAAAUAAAAUCUGUUGUUAUGACUUAUAUAUGUAAUUAAUAAUUAGACACCUAAUGUAACCGGUAUUUAUUUCUCAUGUUAUAUAGUUAUUUACGCUACAAGUGCGGAAAAGAGGAAAUUCGAAACGAAGGGAGAGUUUUAAAUCGACAUGAGUUGCGAAUUACUUAUUUGCACGUGUAUCGUACAACGUUUUACAGUACAUAUGGCCCUUUAAACUUUUGACAAAGUGCUAUUUCCCGCAUUAGUGCGGGAAAGUAGGACCAUAUGUACUGUAAUAGUAUUUUGUUUAACGAAUAAUAAAGCUUGCUAUUGCAUGGAAUCUUAUUUAGACCAUCUUAGGUGUGUAAAUUCUACACACUGUUACCAACAGAAAUAUACUACGGAUAUAGUUUGUUAUGCCUUCCAACUUCAAUGAUAUUUACAUUUUUUUACGCACUUUAAAUGCUAUUGAGUAUGAAGUUAUCAUUCCAUAUCGAUGUGGCCGUUUUUGAAAGUAUGAGAUUGUGAAAUUAUAAAUAUUUUCUAACUUGUAGGUUGCUCUAAAUACAGUAAUUUGAUGCAUUUCUUAACUGUCAGUGGGAUAUUGAAUAAAUUAGGUUGUAUUUAUAAU